AUGGCGACGUCGGCGACCCCGGCCGGGUUACGCGCGCCGAGCGCGGGCCGCGCUCGAUCGAGCCGCACGCGCAUCCUCGCGAUCUCCCGCGCCACCUCCGCAACCGCGACUUCGCAGGAUGUCAUCGCUCGGGGUUCCGCCCGCCGCGUGCAAAUCCCGGUCGUGGACUUGUCCGAGCCCGACGCCGUUUGCGCAUCGAUCGUCCGCACCGCGUGCGACUCGUGCGGGUUCUUCCACGUCGUUAACCACGGCGUGGACGACAAUCUCGCGUUCGACGUUAUUCGAUGGGGCGCCACGUUCUUCGACCGGCCGUGGGACGAUAAGAUGGCGCUGGUCCGCGGCGACAUGAGGGUCUCACGGGGAUACGAGAUUUCGCCCGAGCACAUCGAGGCGUUGGACCGGGACGUGACCCGCGAAGAGGAGCUCGCCGCGCGCGAGCCCUCCGCCGCGCGUCGAAUCAUCUCCGAGCGAUUCUCCGUCGGACCCUUCGACGUGCCGAACGACUCGUACCACACCGACGAGGAGGGCGCCCUGUUCUUUCACCCAAACGCCUGGCCCGAAGAUUCAAUCCCGUCGCUUCGACCCGCGAUGGAGGCGUACUAUCGCGAGAUGGAGUCCCUCUGCGCGCGGCUUCACCGCGUCCUGGCGCUGGCCAUGGGCGCGCCGGCCGACUUCUUCGAGGACAAGAUCGACAAACACUGCUCCAACCUGCAGGUGGCCAACUAUCCGUCGCUGGACCCGUCGCGUUGGCGCGACUCUGAUCGAAUCCCGCUUCGAAAAAAAUCGCACGCGGAUAGCGGAACGCUCACCGUGCUGUGGCGCUCGCCCCCGACCGAGGGCACUAAGGGCGGGCUGCAGGUGCUGGACGACACGGCGGGGACGUGGGUGGACGUCCCGGUGUUGCCCGGGGGGAACGAACGGGAAUCCGGGGCGCUUCUGAUUAACCUCGGGAACCAGACGCAGCGAUGGACCGACGGAAAGUGGGUCUCCACGAAGCACAGGGUCACCAACCCGGACGUGCACGCGCCGGGGUACGCCCCGUCCAGACGUCUGAGCGUGGCCUUCUUCCACAAGGCCAACUACGACGCCGUGAUCGAUCACCGAGACUUUGUGCCCGGUCGCGAGAGGGACGCGCCGUCGGUUUCGUAUCCGCCGGUGAGGUCCGGGGACGUGUCGAGGGUGGGCGCGCUCCGGCGGCUGGGCCGGGGCGUGGACGCGAGGGAGGCGUCGAUGCGGUACCACGAGGAGCUCAUGGGGGGACGCGAUCGCGCGGAACGUGCGGCGGGAGAGUCCACCGCGGUGAAAAUUGACGCGAGCGCCGAGACCGAGGGGGAGCCUCCGAAGAAGGGGGAGCCUCCGAAGAAGGCCGAGCCCGAGGCGGACCGGUGGGCGAGCUUGAUGGACCCGCGCGGCCAGGCUGGACCGAUAUCCGCGGGGGACCUGGGUUUAGAUCGAGGGGCCAGCGCCGAGGGCGCGGGGGCCGGUAACGAUAAUCCGGCGGCGGGGUGUCCGGUGUGCAGGGGCACGGGGUGGAAGCCCUGCGGGCAGUGCGGGGGAACCGGGAUCAACCGGGAGGACCUCUUCGGGGGGAAGUUCAAGGAGGGCGACACGUGCUGGCUGUGCUCCGGGAAGAAGAAGACGAUGUGCGGCAACUGCGUGGACCUCACCGAUAGCUUCUGA